UUGCAGCGAAGACAGCGACAGCGAAUGAGUGACCGCAGGGCAACGACCACAGAACCAGCGAUCAAGCGCAAAAUGGCCCGUGAUCCAAAGAAACCCCGAGGCAGAUUGACCUCGUAUGCAUUGUUUGUCCAAACAUGCCGGGAAGAACACAAAAAGAAGCAUCCCGAGAAAGUGGUGUCCUUCACUGAAUUCUCAAAGAAGUGCUCCGAGAGGUGGAAGACUAUGUCUGCCAAAGAGAAAUCAAAGUUCGAAGAACUGUCAAAAGAAGACAAGAAGCGCUACGAGAGUGAAAUGAAGGAUUAUGUACCACCAAAAGGUGCGAAGAAGCAGAAGAAAAAGAAGGACCCCAAUGCACCAAAGAGACCUCCAUCUGGUUUCUUUAUAUUCUCGGCGCAUCUCCGACCCAAGAUUAGAGAAGAGUGUCCCGGACUGUCCAUUGGGGAUAUAGCUAAAAAGCUGGGGGAGAAAUGGAAUGCAAUGGGAUCAGAGGAAAAGUUGCCAUAUGAACAGCAAGCAGACAAGCUGAAAGAAAAAUACAAAAAGGAUGUUGCAGCAUAUCGUGCUAAAACAAAGCCUGACAGUGUUAAGAAUUUCACUGCCAAAGCUGAAAAAUCUAAGAAGAAAGCUAAGGAAGAAGAGGAAGAUGAAGAUGAGGAUGAUGAGGAGGAAGAAGAUGAUGAGGAUGAUGAAGAUGACGAUGAUUAAACAUUUAUUUUGCUUAAAGCAAAACUUCUCAGUUAAAGCAUUUACCCCCACCCCUGUACACACUUUGCUCCUUUAAAAAAAAAUUAAAUAUAUAAGGCUAUGUAUAUGAGAAUUUGAUUUUAAACUGUACAGUUUUUUUGUUUUGUAUAGUUAACACACUACGAAAAUGUCUUUGGGUGUCCCAUUGUCUUUGUUCUUAGUGGUGUUUGUUUGCCACUUGCCUUGAGUGUGGGGUUAUGAAUUGGCAUGGUAAGAGCAAGUUUAUGUUGGUGCACAGCACAAACUAGUUUUAUGUGGAAGGGGGGGCGGUGGAAGGAAGACGUCAUAGUUUACUAUUUGCCACUCAGUAAUUGCUUAAAAGUUGCAGCUUUUUGUUUUGUUGACCUUUUUGAAAUGCUUCUGAAAUAAACUUUUUU